AUGGCGUCUCAGCACGACCGUGUCAUGGGCAAGAACCCUCACGUUUACUUCGAGCUGAUUUUCACCGACCCGGCCUACCUUCGACGAGGCUAUGCGAAAGCCCUCCUCCAACGAGGAACGGAAAUUGCCGACAAGCUGGGCUACCCAAUGUACCUCGAUGCCGAGGAGUAUAUUGUGGACCUUUACUCAUCAGCAGGCUUCUUGACCAAGACUGAAGUCGGUCAAUCGUCACAGAUGAUUCCCAUGAUGAGGCCAGCCCGGGGGUUAAUGAAGUAA